CUCCCCUCACAGUUUGCCGGCGGAAGGAGCUUAGUUUUGUGGGUCGACGCACCAGCCUUCAUGCACAAUCUGAAAGCACCUAUAUUUCAAAUAGGCUAGCUAGCUAGCUAGCUAACACAUUUUCAGCUGUAAUGUUUCAACUUCACAUUGCUCGUGGAUUCCGUGCGGGUUUCAACCUAACGUUAACUAGGUCUUUACGGGAUUUGAGGUCCUCUUCGAAUGCAUGCAGACAUGCAAGACUGCCUAUGAAAAGACAUGAGCACUUAUUUAAUGUUGCCAGAAGGUCGUUUCUUAAUGAGGCCAUCAAGGUGCAGUCAUCCUUUUCACAGCCUCUCUUGGCUCGCUAUUUCUCGACAUCAACCACACACUUUUCUGAGGAAGGUAGUCUCAUCUACACAGGAAACCUGGGCACAGCUGUUCGUGGCGUGAAGAUAUUCUCCUACUCCAGCAGUGGCAUGAGCCUGGGUUUCCUUGCUUACAUCCUGCUGCAGAAAGGCAUCGGUGUGAAUAGCCUGGUCUUAAAGGCUGUCUUCUGCGGGGCUGUUGGGUUCUUCACUUUCCUCACGCCUAUCCUCCUCCACCAUGUCACCAAAGGCUACGUAGUGCGCUUGUACCACAAUGCCGACACAGACAUGUACACAGCCGUCACCUACAGUGCCCUGCUGAUGGAGAAAAAAACUGUAUUUCAUCAAAAGGACGUGAAGAUACCGGAUGUCAGUCGAAUUUUCACCACUUUUUUUGCUGGCAAGAAAGGCCUGCUGAUAAACCCUCAACUCUUUGAAAUACAAGAUGAUUAUAACCACCUUAUGGGAUAUGAUAAACCUUUCUCUUUUGACAUAUACGAUAUUGAUAAUCCUGAUAAGAGUUAGUGUGUAAAAGAGACUGACCUAGCCAAGCUUUUGCAAUCUGGUGAAAAAAAAUUGUACACAUUUUUGUUUUGAACCAUUGUUAGAUGAAUGGAAAGUUUAAAAGUAAAUAACGUUUUUUUGUAGGACACAUACAAUUUUGUAUGACUUGUAAUCAACUUUCUCUUAAGGAGUCCAGAUAAAUAACAUCACUUAAACCAUAAUACCAAGUUUUCAAGAUUUCUAACGGUAUUAAACUAUUUUAAUAAUAGUUAUUCCGCUUCGCGUCGUGCCU